AUGAAAUAACAUGAGAAUAAUUACUUUGUAAAAUCACUAAUAAAGCCCUUUUCAUAAGUGAGUACUAAUUCUGCAAUAACAAGAUCAAUUGAAUAAAAACCUGUGUCCUAUUUAACUUUCAGUCGUACUAAACAUCGAAGAAAAAAUGAGACUGCAAUCAAAUUACCUGAAUUAUAGCCUUCAUCAUUAAGAGCAAAAACUGAAUAAGAUCAACCUGUUAUUAAUGAAUUAAAGAAAUCUAUUGUUAUUAUAAGUAGGAAACCAAGUGGAGUAUUUCAAUCUUAAAGAAUUAAAACUUAACCUUCAAUUUAAGUAUGGGAACCUGAAGUAAAGGAAUUUAUUGAAGUAAAAGAAAUUAAGCCAGAAAAGCCUAAAUUUGUUGAUGUUCUUUGUGAAGAAUUAAUAUUAAGAUAAAAAUUCAAAGAAUUAAAAGAAAAGAAUCAAAUUAAAUGUAAAAUCAAGAUCAAUGAACUUGAAUAAUUUUAAGACAGAAGUUCAAGAAUUCUAAGAAAAAUAAUUUAAUUAUUGAAAACUCAUAGAGAAAGAUCAGAAGAAAAAGAACUUAAAAGUAAAACAGUCAUUGACACUUAAAUGCUUAGAUCAAAUAUUUUCUUAUAAACUUAAACACAAUAUCUUCCCUAAUAAUCUCUUCCUAAUUCAAAAGAGAUGCUCUUUCAAUAAUAAUUAUCAGCUAUACCUAAAAAACAUACAAAAUUUAGUUCUCAAAUAACUUUAACUCAUUAAGAUGAAUCUCUAAAACCUAUGAAAAGUUUAAUAGAAGCAAUAAAAGAGAAAUCUUCUGAUACUGGAAAAUAACCAUCAGUAACAGCUACUACUCCAUAAUUUCCUAUAAAUAAUAAUAAAAAGAAAAUAAAAAUUCUUGUUGAAUGUCCUGAGGAAUAAAAAUAAAAUAAGAUGGAAUUCUAUAUACCUCAUUAUAUGGAAGAAGAUUCAAGUAGAUAAUAAUAGUAAUAAAAUGAAGUAUUAGAAAUAAAAAACCCUAAAAAAUCAAAUAUUUAUUCUCUUGUUUCUAAAAAUAUGUUUAAUAAGUAAUUAUAUUUAUAAUUUAGAAAAAUAAAUAAAAUACAAAAUAUUAAUGAUUAGAUUAUUGAUGAAUUCAAUUCAGACAAAGCAGUUCAAUUUACUCGUUAUUAUCUAUAAAAUUAUAUCUUAAAAUGUUUAAAUUAAAAUAAAUUGAAGGAAAAAAAAGAUGAUGAGACUAUACCAAAUAUAAUGAAAUAAGAUUCAAAAUUAGAUUAAUAGCUAUUUAUAUCAAAAAUUCUUUUUGAUCAAUCAAUUAUUGUAACUAUUAUUUAUAGUUAAGUAAGACUUUCAACCAACAAGAUUUUUAGAUAUUAAUAGCUUUAUUUAUAGAUGUUAAGAACCUUUUGAUUCCUAGAAUUCAAGUAUGUUAUCAGAUUUUAGCUAUCUAACAAAUAAAAGUUAAUUGGAUUAUUCAUAUGAUUAAGGAAUGAAAUUGAAAUAUCUAUCAUCAUCUAAUUUAUUGAAUCCAAGUAUUAGUUAAGAGAAAUUAAUUAAAUUUAUUAUAUCAACAAUUUCAGAUGACUCUAAAAAUAUACUUUUACAUGAAUAAAUAAUGGACUUUUCUAAUAAUACUGAACCCAUAAUCCAUAUAGAUUAUGAAUUUUAAUCUUAACCUCGUAUUAUUUUCAUAUUUAAUUUUAGAUUUUGAAGCUAUAAAUAGACUUUUUCUAAGAUCACGUAGAAAAGAUAAAAAAAAAUAUCUUCAGUAAUUUUAUAAGAAGUUUGAAAUAGUUUGUGUUGGAUUAUUUGAAGAUAAUUAUAAAUAACCAAUAAAUUCUGAAGAAAAACAAUUUAUAAAAUUUUGCUAUUAAUAAUAAAGUAAUAGUUUAAUGGAUAAUACUUCUAUAAAAUAUUCGAAUAUGUUGAAAUCAAGACAUUAGAGAGAAACAACUAUUGAAACGAUACCAAAAUAAGUAAAUUUAAUGACCUUAUCAUUGCCUCCUGCAACAAAAAGUAGAUCUGAAUCUCCUUCAAAUAUUGUAAUAAUAUUAAUUCUUAUUAAAUUUAGAGUGAAACAAAAACAUAAAAGAAUGCUAGUUAAAAUUAAUAAACAGUAGUUAGAAAUGCAUUCAGAUGUAAUUAUUUAUAUUUUUAUAAAGAGCCUUCCUAGAAAUAUCUAUAAGUUUAAGGAGGAACCAAAAUAUAAUCUUAAUCAUAAAUUUCUAAAGUUCAUAAUUUAUCUGUUGUUAAAGAAAAGGAGUAAUAAAUAGUAUAUAAGCAAACUUAAUAAAUUCAAUAAAAAAAUAAAUAAUAAUAAUAAUAAUAAUCUAUGGAUCCAUAUUCAUUAUUAUUUAGAAAUAUGAUGAUUUAACAAACAAAAAAUGAAGACAAGACUUUUAUAGAAAAGAUAUUUAUUAUGGUUGAAGAACAUCGUUUAUCAGAUCUAAAAGAGAUCUUAAAAUUGGAAGCAUCAAUGGAUAUUAAUUAUUAAAAUGAAGAUGGAAACACUAUGUUAAUAUCAGCAUCUAAAUGUGGAGCUACAUAAAUUGUUGAUUAUUUAUUAAAAAAUGGUGCAGAUGUUAAUAUUCAAAAUGUACAUAUUAAUAAUAUUUUCAUAGUAUAAAGGAUAAACAGCCAUGGAUGUAGCCUUGGAAAAUUACUAAUUUGCUACUGCAGAUAUAAUAUUUAAAUAUCUAAAACCAGAGAAUAGAUCAUUUUGA